UCUCACUGCACUGACAUCGACAACCAAGGCAACGAGAGAGAGGCUACAAACUGACUUGCAUAACAUUGGUGUAUUUCACAUUCCUGUGAGUAAAGAAGUCCCUUCGAAUCGUCAUGAAGGAUGGUGAAGCAAGGAAUCCAGAUUUACGCCAGAGCAAAGCCGACGAAGCAAAAGACAGGGCUUUAUGAAAUUUUCGAAGAUGAGGGUGGAAAUUCUUCUAUUUCCUUCACUGUUCCUAAAGAUCUAGCUGAUGGCUAUAUCAACAACAAGAGAGAAGUUUAUAAAUUUAGGUUCAAUAAAGUGUUUGAUCAAGACUGCAAGCAAGAUGAGGUUUUUGAAGAAGUUGCACAAGGAGUUAUAGACAAUGUCUUGACUGGUUACAAUGGAACAAUCUUUGCAUAUGGUCAGACAGGAUCUGGUAAGACAUUUACAAUCACAGGAGGCGCUGAGCGUUACGUUGAUAGAGGAUUAAUUCCAAGAUCACUUUCUUACAUCUUUGAGUAUUUUGAGAAGCAUCCAGGCACAGUGUUCACUGCUCAUAUAUCUUAUCUUGAGAUCUACAAUGAAAAUGGGUACGAUCUUUUGGACCCCAAACAUGAGGCUUGCAAGCUGGAAGAUUUACCCAAAGUAAACUUAUUUGAAGACAGUGACAAUAAUGUCCAUCUCAAGAAUCUUUCCCUUCACCAAGCAAGCAAUGAAGAGGAAGCUCUCAAUUUGUUGUUUCUUGGGGACACAAACAGGAUGAUAGCCGAGACACCAAUGAAUCAAGCGUCGACCAGAUCACAUUGUAUUUUCACCAUCCAUAUCUCCACCCGUGAUCCAGGAUCAGCGACCAUCAGACGAGCCAAGCUUCACUUGGUUGACCUUGCAGGGUCUGAGAGAGUUGGCAAGACCAAUGUCGGAGGAACCUUGCUAACAGAAGCCAAGUAUAUCAAUUUGUCACUUCACUACCUUGAACAGGUGAUAGUGGCGUUAUCAGAGAAGUCAAGAAGCCACAUCCCAUACAGAAACUCGAUGAUGACGUCAGUCCUCAGAGACAGUCUCGGAGGGAAUUGCAUGACGUCCAUGAUAGCAACUUGCUCCCUUGAUAGGAAAAACUUAGAUGAAUCCAUUUCAACUUGUAGAUUUGCGCAGCGAGUGGCCAUGAUCAAGAAUGAUGUACUGCUCAACGAGGAGAUUGAUCCUAAACUGUUGAUUGCUCAACUCAAGGCGGAAGUGCAGAGACUCAAAGAUGAACUUGCGAUGUCCACAGGACAAGAAUACACUGGCGAGCUAACGGAAGAUGAAUUGGAUAGACUGCGCAGAAUGGUGAAAAGCUACAUCGAAGAUUCUGAUCCGGAAUCAUCCCUCAGUGUUGGAGCUGACAUGAGAAAGAUCAACUACUGCUUCCAGCUACUCAAAAAUCACGUGUUGGAGAAGAGCAAGAAGAACCCAUCUCCUCCCCCACAAAGGACUCCAGCAAUUGAUGGCGUCCUCGACAGCAGUUACUUAGGCAACCAUACUGAAGUGAACAAGCUUAAGGAGCUCAUUCGACAGCGAGAUAACGAGAUCAAUAUCUUAGUAGGCAUGCUGAAGAAGGAGAAGAAGCGCACGGCUGAGUUAGAGAAGCAAGGUGGCGGCCGACUCCCGGACGGUAUGGGCGCGGCACCGGAUGGGAUCAGGCGGAGCGCCAGUCAGCCGCAAAGUGAUGACUCAGAGAACGAACUGUCGACGAUGAGAGCUGCGAGUAGAACACGUGUGAGAGACAGGCCAUCAUCUGAUACCACUGAGAAUCGUCAGCACCCUCAAGCACCUGGUGAUGAUCCAACUAAUCACAGACCUCCAUCUGCUUACAGAAGGAAACUUGAUGAGAUGUCUGUCGGACGAAAAGAGGCUUUUGAGACGUUCCGCCGAGACUAUCCUCACAACGACACGAUAGAGGAAAAUAAACAAACACUCAAGCAAAGAUACGCAGAGGCCAAACGGCUUGGAGAGCAAGUGAAUUCUUCGCGACAAAAGAUCAAUUCUAUCAAAACUCAAAUCGAGCAACAAAGAGUUCGCCGAUCGAUGCAAGGUUUUGUAAACGGCACCGAAGGAAUAGAUGAUGUGGACCCUGUAGAGCAGAGCCUGAGGCAAGCUAUUGAAGAAGAGAAAGCCAAAUAUAAGGACAGUUUCACUCGUCUUCGAUCACUGAAAACUGAGAUCGAGCAUCUUCAACAUCUGCUGGAAAAAGCCAAAGUUAAGAUGCAGAAAGAUUUCGAAAUAUGGUGGGCAGAACAGGCGGCGUUCAACCAGACACCCGAUGAAGUUCGAGCAGCAUGGAAGACCCCUCCGAUAUCGCCCGUUAGACCUCCGUCCGCUUCUCGAAGACGUGAUUUAGACCUGGGUGACACGUCGAAUCCCCGAGAUGAGUCCUCUCGCAGCGCAAGACCCGCAAAAUUCGUGUCCAAGCUACGAGCUGAAGCACAGCUGGCAGCCAUGGGAGCCGUGUCAUCCUCUGUCAGUAGGCCCCCAGUGCACCCCUCAAGUUCAGAUGGUGGCCUUAGUAGCUGGUCACAAUCUGCAGCUACUGCAACAGCGGUUGAGGAAUUGAGCGGGGGCCAUGCUGGACGAAGUAAAUCAGGUUCGACAAGUGAUGCAAGUUCAAGUUCAGGAUCAGUGAUGCUAACUGGUGACACUAGAGCUGAUGCCGACAUCUUGGCUUUUAUAAAAGCCAGGCAAAACCUUCUACAGCAAAGAGGGCAUCGGUAGCAAAGAAAAGUUACAUCAUUAAAACUCAGGAACAUCUUGAUACAGAGGUGACAGACAGUCAGCGAUAAGAAUGGCGUUCCUUCCAUUUCAUUGCCAUCAAUGCACCAUGUCAAUCAGAUAGCCUCGUGUUGAGGAAGAGGCAAAAAACAACUAGUAACGGUCAGCUUCUGUUUCUACAAAUAUGGCCAAAAACAAGAACAAAUUACAAAUUGGCGCAAGAAAUAUUAAAAUGCACUAUUUUAUUAAAAGAAAUGAACAGAUUUGAAACCAGUUAAUAAUAUCUGUGGUCAAUGCUGGUUGGGUUUUUGUCAUCAGGAAGUAACGCUCUAUAGUCCACUAAGCAGGCCUUAUUUCAACUACUAGUUCAGUCGUGUUCAUAACUGCGAGGAUCGCUUCUUUAUCAGAUAAGAUUUUGUUGUCAAAGCUGUAUGAUCAAGCACAAAAGCGUGCAGGAUAUUUAACAAUUGAUUGACCUUCUUUAGUUUCAGCUUGCGUUAUGGAGGAUUGAAGAUCAAGUUUUCAUGAUUUUUUGCAACUUAUAACAUCACACGCAAAGAUCGCAUGGAAUACGCAUCAUAUUUAUCGCCCUCCUACCAUGAAUCUUCGUGCAUAAUAUUUUGUUCCCCGCAGGUAUCCCACGUAACAAGGUAGACAAACGAGAGACUGUAACAACAUGUCAACCCUUUGCACCCUAACAUCAGUAUGCAUAUUCUCCAUACUGUUCUCUUAUAUUUCCUAAGGCACUGACAAGGAGAAUUUGUUUAACAAUCAAGAACUUCAAUUGUUGAUCAUUUCUUUUAAUUCUCGAGACCUUAAUGUUUGAUCAAGGGGUGAUAUUGUAAGGAGAAAUUAGAUGCUGGUCACUCUAAGGGGUUCAAAGGGAGAUCCAUCCUUUCUUUACCCGUAUCACGUCACAUAAACGUCGUUGCGCUUAUUUCAGGUUUUUUCAGUCAUUAAUUAUUAGUUUACCUUUGACCAAGACAACUCCCACUCGCGGUCUUCGAAAAAUCACUUUCCCUUAAAUUUUCAAAACUUACACUCAAAAUCAUGUGAUUAUACCAGCAAGUGUAGCAAUGUCCGGCAAUAAACAACGAAAUUGGAAAGAGAAACUUGAAAUAAUUUUUUUCAAGUGGUGACAGAUCGUGAGCAAAUAUUCAAUUCUAAAGAAAUACUGCAGUCAUUAAGAAAAUUCUUGAAACUUAAAAAAUCAUGCUUAUUUGAUAAAGAUACAAGAAGAUGACCGGCUUUACUCGCAACAAACUAUAGUAAUAAAUGAUGGCCGAUAAGUUCUUAAUUCUAUAACGAAAAGGAAACAGUUCUCAAAGAAGUAUUGGUCGAUAAUAUUUUUCAAAGAAUUCAAGCUUUUCAAUAAUGUCCCUGGUUUAAUUUUGUCAACUGAACUCUAUUGCUUUAUCAGUUACUUUAGCAAACCGUUGGUCAUGUGACAGUGUGAUCUCACGCUUCGCCAUAACAUUUAAGUUUUCCCAAUGUAUAAAAUCCUUCUUCGCGCGGGUUAUCCAAAUCUCCGAAUCUCAUUUGGGAGUUACUACAUCACGGGCGACGAGUGGGGGAUGAAGAAAAGACCGACAUACGAGUGGUCAGCGGGUAAACAGAUUUAAUAAUUCAUAUAGAGACAUAUCAGUUAUAGUUGCGGAAAACAAUAGUCUUCUA